GAAGUAUCCGGACCUGUACAAUGAGCUCACUGGUUCCUAAAACACGCUUUCGUCGUUUCCUAAACCAUCUGGACUGCACAGCAUGAGGAUACAUGAAUCCAAAGAUGAAAACCUUAUAAGUAGGUUCUCACAGCGAGCACGAGGGCACGCGACAGUCCGCGAUGGAUCAAAGUCUUUCUGAGGUAGGGCUCCAGGUGCGUAAAACUCAGCAUUCAGGCACUUCACAUUCAAAUGAAGCUGUUUUGCAGAACUAUUACCAGCUACUCGCCGAUAAUGGCUUGAUAUCCCAGUCACAAGCAAGCCAACCACCUCAAAUACCCACUUCACCAUCCAUGCCCGACUAUCCUCGCUGUCCCAUCUGUUCGCAUCUUCUCAUCACAUGUCAUGGUUGUUCGAAUGUCACCUGUGACAACAGUCACUGUAAAGGUGCUGACCUCGUUAGUUUUGUGUCUUCGUGUCACUCGUGCUUUUCGACCCUUGCCAUGGCGAAGAUGUGCAGCCAGCUCGACUGUUUCACUCGCGUACAUUUUACUGGUGGUGUAAUCUGUCCUGAUUGCGUCAGCCCCACGGACGGUCACAUACUUUGUCUCUGCGGAGACAGCUGGAUUUGUGGCCCGUGUGCCACUCAGAAUAAAUCUCUCGACAGGUGUGGACGGUGUCCAAAAUGUCAGAACUAUCUUUGUUUUUUUGGGUGCAGAUAUAUCGGCGUGUGCACGGACUGCCGCAAGGUGACGCUAUGCAACGAUUGCAUGGAAGAAGGAUUAUCUGAUCGGGAGGAGUCUUCACGCGCAAACAAUAGCGCAUUCCUCGUCGCGACGUGUGAGGAAUGUCAGUCCAGAAUAUGUAUAGACUGCUUUGAUGAGCGCGAAUCCCGUUGUGAAUCUUGCAACAGUAUUUAUUGCAAGGAUUGCACAGACUAUGACGAGUGUCCGGGAUGUGGGGAGUUUAUGCGCGCAUGACUUGCUCCACAGAAUACUCGUAUGUGUUCAUGAAUGCGAGGUAUGUCGAUCUUCGAACAACAAUUUUUGGUUGGCAUUGACAUAUCGAAAUAAGAAAUACUUCUAGUUUUUCACGUGGCAGUUUCAGGAAACCCACAGCCGAGCGAACUCGGUGGACUUCGAAUCGACUAGUAGGAGUUUUUGAUAGACAGGUGUUGACAAAACCUUUUGUCAGUUUUGCAGUGUACGUUGGCUUUCGAAGUAAUUUUACCUGUUCAGGCUUUCGCAUUCCUUCCCGAACGCAAACUUUCCUUUUGCGAAACGUGCCGGACAUGUACGAACGAAUACAAACGAAUGAAGCAGAUAUUCCCUGAACGUGAACAUACCCCAAACUCAGGUAUUCGAGGCGACUUCAAAGAUAUGUAUGUGAGGGUGUU